GGGGGGUGUUAUUGAGAGCCAAAAAGAAAAGAGGUUGGAAACAGGAACAAGAAAUGAUAAAAAUGGAUGUGGAGGAUGCCAUGAGAAGACCUCGUCAUGAAGUUUUGCUGAAGGAGGAUGAUAGAGUUGAUUCUAGUGGUGAUGAAGGUAGUUGCAGAGAAGAUGCUGCUGCUGCUAAGGUCGGAAGUCAAAGAGGAUGCCAUGAAAAUGAUGACCGGAGAUCAUCUUCACCACAACACAGAGAUUCAGGCAAGCAGGUGGUUGGAGCGACGAAAAAGGAAAGAACCAGCAUGGAAGUUGACGCAAAAGAAUCUUCCUGCCAAAAGGAACAGGAUGAUCAGCUUGAAUCUGCAAGAGCUGAGAUGGGUGAAGUAAGAAAAGAAAAUCAAAGGCUAAAAAUACAUUUGGAUCGUAUAGUGAAGGAUUAUCGGACCCUUCAAGUGCAAUUCUAUGACAUUAUUCAGCAAGAAGAAACUAGGAAAUCUACAGAUACUGUCGAUGAUCAUCAAGGAACUGAAGAACACGAGCUCGUGUCGCUUACCCUUGGAAGAAUUUCGAGUGAACCUAAAAGGGAUGGAAAGAAUAAUAAAACUUCUAGCCAGGGGAAAAAUCACGAUGAGCAAGUUAAAGAAAGCCUCUCUCUUGGAUCACUCUGUACAUUUGAAGCGUCUAAAUCUGCUACGAAUGAGACUUUGCCGAAUCCAAGCCCCGUGAACAGUUUUGGUGAGCCAAAGGAAGAAGCCGGGGAGACUUGGCCACCCAGUAAAGUUCUCAGGACAAUGCGAGGAGGAGAUGAUGAAGUUCCCCAGCAAAACCCUGCAAAGAAAGCUAGGGUUUCUGUCAGAGCUAGAUGCGAUACCCCAACGAUGAAUGACGGGUGCCAAUGGAGAAAAUAUGGGCAAAAAAUUGCCAAAGGGAACCCAUGUCCUCGAGCAUACUAUCGCUGCACUGUUGCACCAUCAUGCCCAGUACGGAAACAGGUACAAAGAUGUGCUGAAGAUAUGUCCAUCUUAACCACCACCUAUGAAGGAACGCACAACCACCCACUUCCUAAUUCUGCCACGGCUAUGGCUUCUACAACUUCUGCAGCUGCUUCCAUGUUACUGUCUGGCUCAUCAUCGAGCCCUGCAGGAACUGCUGGUUUCAAUAACUCCGGCACCAUCGCCAUUGACCUCCAUGGACAAAACUACUAUCUAUCCGAUAACUCAAAUUCAAAGCAAUUCUAUUUGCACAACUCUUCACUGUCAUCUCAAUCUCCAUACCCUACAAUCACUCUUGACCUCACUUCAAACCCAUCCAGUACUUCAUCUCAUUUCAAUAGAUUUACUACAAGCUACCGGCCUACCAUUCAAAAAUUUGCUUCAACAAGCCUCAACUUUGGCUCCUCUGAUGCGUCUACCGCAAUGCCUUGGGGCAAUGGUUUCCUCACUACCUUCGGGCAGUCUAACAACAGGAUUAACCAACUUGGAACUUUAAACAUUGGAAGACCAGCUAUGGAUCAGCGUAACAUUUAUGAUCAGUUCUACACGCAAAAGAUUAAUGACCUGGCAGCUGCCACUUCUCAGCAGUCCCUGUCAGCCGAUACCAUAGCUGCUGCAACCAAGGCAAUUACAGCAGACCCAAGUUUCCAAUCUGCUUUAGCAGAUGCUCUCACUUCUAUCAUUGGCAAUGGAACUGGUAGUAGCGCUACUGGUGUUGCAAAUCUAGGCGCUGUUAAUAAUUUAGUUCCAAAGUCGGAACGGGGACCGGUUUCUAAUAGCUUCUCAUCAUCACCUCCAAAAGGCAACCCAUGUGCAAGCUACUUCAACAAAACGACGUCUUCAAUAAAUUCUCAGCCAGCUCCAAGUUCAAUGACAAUGUUUGUGCCACCUUCAUUGCCAUUUUCUUCUCCUACGAAUGCAUCCGCGUCUGCUGUUGACAAAAAUGAUCGUGCCAACUGAGUAUAGUUUGUGUAAUUGUGUGAUUAGUUUUUGAUAAUUGACCCGUGCUAUGCCGGGUUUGACAAUUUUUUUUUAAAUGUAAGAAAAUGUCCAAACACUGCCUAAGAAAAAUGAGGCAUUGUUGUUGCUCUUCUUAGUUUUAUUACUUUGUAA